AUGCUCUGGACGGCAGAGACUGGUCAUGUGCGUUUCAUACCAUCUUCAACCCCAGCAGACAGGGAUAACUCUCCAUACGAUCCUCACCAAGCCCUAUGUCGGUCAGUAGAUUUGAGCGCUGGGCCGUAUCCUCUUGGCAAGAGAAAGAUUGAGAUGGAUCAACUACUUGAUGAUCUCCCAUCUCGACAUCACUGCAACCAAUUGAAAGACAUAUUUCUUAGUUCAUUUGCUUCCUUGUUUCAUAUUCUGCAUGAUCCCACGUUCAACCAACAGUAUGAAGACUUUGAACGGGUCCCUGAAUCGGUGUCUCCAUCAUGGCUAGCCCUUCUAUACGCCAUUAUUGGGACAUCUGUAAUGGCUCUGGGACCAUCGAGUGGGCUUCUGACUGAUCUCUCACGCAAGGGGCUUGUCGCUGAUCAGAUUGCCGAGCUCUCCGAACGCUAUCGUAGCGCAGCCUUCAAGUGCUUGCAAGCAGACAACUACCUGUGGCAGCAGAAUAUAGCCACGCUUCAGGCGCUUAUCAUUCUCAUCUACAGUAUCAAUCACAGUCAUGGCCAGACCUGGACGUUGCUCGGCAUGGCCUACCACAUUGCCCUCUCCUUGGGUUGUCAUAUCGACCCAAGUGAGUUUGGUCUUGAUGUUAUCAGAUGUGAAGAGCGGCGCCGCUGCUGGGCUGGCAUCAUGAUGCUGUAUAUGAUUCAAGCCAUGUCCUUGGGUCGUUUGGGACUGGACCCAUCAAAUGCAUCUGAAGGUGUUCAAAUGCCUUCCGACCUAAACGACUCGGACUUGAUCGCCGAUGAAUACAUUUUGCCCAUUACCUUCAACCGCCCAUCACAAAUGUCGUACCUACUUCUCAAGUUUCGCCUGUAUGAGAUUGCAAACGAAGUCUCUUCAAUCGUUCGGACCUCUCUGCGUACUGCCUCUUCUCUAAUCAGCACAGUGGACCAACGGAUACUUAAUGAACAACGCAUACAUCUCAAUAUUUUGCAAGGUUAUUCGCAUCAGUUGAUGUUGCUUCUUCACAACCACGCCUUGAGACGUUCUGUGGUGGACUCCCAACAAUGUCGUCUAUCCGUAUCGAGAGUCGCGCAUAGUGCAAGGAAGAUAUUGCAUAUUUACACUGAAUUAUUCACCAAGGACGAGUUUUCUCCAUUCACAUGGUAUCUUCGAGGCAUCGGCAGCUUCCAUGCGUACCAUGCAGCUGUAUCGCUCAUCGCUGCCCUAGCCGAACGCUCUUGGGGGUUGACUCACGAAGAAGUUCUCCCAAUGGUAAAGGAGUGCGCUGAAAGAUUCGAGGCACUCACAGAAACAAGCAUUAUAUGUAACAAGGCUCUACCGGUUCUGCGACAGAUGUUGUAA